AUACCACACAAUAAACAUAACAUUACGAUCAGUAGAGAAAUGCAUAGGCACAGGCUUGUAUUAUGGGUCGAAGUGUGUAUUGACGAUUUGAAAACGGAUUUAACAUAUUAGUUGUGUGUGAACCAUUGAGUAACUGAGACCAUAUUCGGUCGGUGUGACACUGUUUAUUCGAAUAUCAUUGCAUAUCGGUUAUACUUCCACGAGACUUAUACCAAAUUUUGCUUCGAAAUAAAAUUUUUGAAAAAUGAACACAGAAUAGGACUACUUAUACCCCUGAUAAGAGUUCGAUGAUUCACGUUCAAUUGUGAUGUUCAUUAUGUAAGGCACUGUGUCCAUACGAACGUUAAGAAAAGAAGCCGAUAAUUGUACCAGCCAGAGGCGAACAUUUUAAUGAUAUGGUUUCGUAGGGAGGAAGUAAAGGUGUAACGAAACCAAGAACCAAUAAAUUACCAAACCAAAUGAAACAUUUUAUGGUUCUGACUCUUCUGAUGAAAUAGACAGGGAGAAUAAUAAAAUAAAACCGAAAGAAAAGAGGAAAUUAUAAAUUGUUCAUUCACAUAUUAUGUGCGCGGUGUUGAAUUUUUGUUUAGUAUUAAAACGAACUUAACGACUUGAAAUUAUAAUAAAAUAUAUUCAGGUGUGUGAUGGAGUUGUACUUAAAUAAUUAUGUUAAACUCAUUUAAUAAAUUUGUGCGCAUAAAUGGUAAAGAAAACUUUAUAAUAUUGAUGUGGUGUUGUUGUGAUGAUAUGUUAAUGUAAUAUAUACGAAGAAAAAAAGUAUGAAAACUUCGUCUGGAGUUUUAAUUAUAACGAUGAAAUAAUAUUUUAUGUUCUUAUUGUUCUGUGUAUAGUAAAUAUAAAAAGUCAACACUGGAUAAACAAUGUUGCUGCAAUUAAGAUUGCAAUUUAUGAGUGCAAUGCUAGUCUGCUAUCUAUUACUGAUUCCUCCACCACAUUUAGUUGAAUGUUCAACGACGAUCAUCAACGCCAGUUCCCCAAAUACCACCAUUCCUCAAUACGGAAAUAGUCAUUCAUUAAACCAAAGUACAACUCUAAAACCAUAUAACCCCAUUCAGACUGAAGUCAUUCAAAAAUUAGUCAAUGUAGACAAUAGAACCAACAUCGGAGUGAAUGAAACCAAAUUGAAUGAAAAACCGACUCCGAAAAAUGUAAUCAAAUUGUACAACAAAGCAGAUCCGAGAAAGCGCAAAAUGGAGAGAAAAUCAAUUGUGUCCGAUGUUGAUUUAACGGAAUGGCAUUGUCCAAAUAUUAGUCAAAGUAAAAAUUUGGAGCAUUUGUGUUCGUGCGACAUGCCACACACAUUACGCUGUAGCGGAGAUAUUCAUUCUCUAGAGACCAUUGCUGAAGGCCUCAGAGCAUCUCCAUAUCCAGUUUCUUUACUUGAUUGUACAUUAAGAAAUGUGUCAUUCCUCAGCAACGCAAGGAUAUUUGAAAAUUGUUCAAUACUUUAUGGACUGGUAAUAUCCUCGGGAGAAAUUAAAAGGGUUCAUCGAUUAGCAUUUCUGGGCAUAAAAACACCGUUACAAGCUUUAGGUCUACCGAAUAACGCCUUAGCAGCGGUACCUUACAAUUCGCUGGCACAAUUGACAUCACUGGACCGACUAGAUUUAUCAAAUAAUAAGAUUAAGACAUUAGGAGCCUCAGACUUUUUGUCUCUGCAAAACUUGACAUACUUGGAACUGAGUGACAACCAGAUUUCGAGUAUUUCCCUUCGCACAUUCGCACCAUUAAAAAAAUUGACUACGCUAAAACUCAAUGGGAACCGAUUGGGCGAUUUCACCACAACACUUCAAUCGAUUGGCCAGUCACUGAACCUAAGAGAACUUGAUCUUCGGUCAAACUCAAUUAAGGGUCCACUUACAAAGAAAACAUUACCUGUACUCCCUGCACUGGAAUCGUUAAAUCUGGAUCGAAAUCUUCUCAGCAGCAUCCAAAACGGAGCGCUGCAAAUGUUUCCAUAUUUAGUCACGUUGUCACUGCGUCACAAUCAAAUCGACGUGCUGCAAGACCAUGCAUUCUCCGGACUGAGUUCGUUACAAUCUCUCGAUCUGGGAUACAAUGGAAUUGUUGCUGUAUCAGGAGCUUCACUGCUUCAUCUAUCAAAAUUACUUGUACUGGACUUGACGCACAAUUUCUUGAGAGCUUUGACAAGUGAUCUAAUUGCACCCUUGCCUGCGCUACGAGAACUGCGGCUGGAUGGCAACGACAUAUCGAUGGUUGCAAAAAAUGCCUUGAUUGGAGCCAAUGAGUUACACAGUCUGUCGUUACAAGACAAUCCAUUGUCUUGUGAUUGUACGCUGAAACCAUUCGCUGAAUGGUUAACGGUUUCGAAGAUACCGUCGAACGAUCUAUUGGGAGCGAUUUGUGCGACGCCUCCUCAUUUAGAAGGAGCUCCUCUGCUACAAAUACCAGUCGACUCGUUAAAUUGCGACGGAACAAACGAAUAUGAGAACUCUGAAGUGUUGGAGCAGUUAGAUAUCAUUUCGAAGCAGUCAAAUUUGUCCUAUUCGAAGGAGCUGAGUGACAUCGUAUCACUGAAGAAUGUUCAUCUGUCCGAAGACUAUGGCAUCAUUUUAACGUGGACCGUAAACUUGCGAAAUGACGAAUUCAAAUGUGACGCUGUAUUCGUGUAUAAGGAAACGAACGUUCACGAAAUUCUUCUUGACAACUCACCGGCUGACGAAUGUCCGAACGAUGCUUGGGAUACUGCGAAGCCAUAUUCCUCAAUACCAGGUCCAUCCAAGUUGGAACUAAUCAAAUUAUUUGCACCAGGCGGUCAAUUUCACAAAGCAAACUUUCUGGAAGUGAACAAAGCCGUCUACAAAAAGUACGGACCGAUUGUUAAAUUUGAUGGCUUAUUCGGAAAUCACGAUAACGUAUUCAUAUUUGAUCCGAAAGACAUCGAAACAGUCUUUCGAAACGAAGGACCAUGGCCAUUUCGAAAGGGUCUGGCAACGACACUACAUUAUCGUAAAACCCUUCGUUCCGACAUAUUCCAAAAUAGCAUUGGGCUGGUUAACGACCAGGGUGAAACCUGGUUCAAGCUACGAACAGCAGUUAAUCCAAUUAUGAUGAAACCGAAAGUUGUCAACGCAUACAUUCCGGAAUUCGAUACCGUGGCGAAAGAAUUUGUGAACAAAAUUAAGACGCUCAAAGAUGAUAAGGAUGAAAUGCCAGAUGAUUUUCAAAAUGAUUUGUUUAGGUGGGCAUUAGAAUCGAUUUCAUUGAUAGCACUCGAACAAAGACUGGGACUGCUAUCAAACGAUGGUGAUCAGGAGAAUCAGAAAAUAAUCAAUGCGGUCAAAAGUAAUCUGUCCCUGUCAUAUCAACUUGACGUUGAACCAUCCCUUUGGAAGUACCUUAAAACGCCUAAGUAUCGAGAGCUAAUGAACUCACUGGAAACAAUGACCAACGUAUCAAAGGUGCAAAUCGACAAAGCGAUCGAAAGGUUAGCAAAAGAGACCAAACGAGAGGGUAACCGUGAAGAGAGUGUCCUUGAAAAGAUUUUGCAAAUUAACGAAAAUUAUGCGAUGGUAAUGUCUUUGGAUAUGCUUUCAGCAGGAAUUCAUUCGACAGUGGCAGCAACAGCCGGUCUCUUGUACAAUCUCGCUAAAAAUCAGAGAGCCCAAGAUAAGUUCCGAGAAGAAGCAUUGCGUAUAUUGCCAACCCCGGAGACUGAAUUGACAUCAGAAAGUUUUAAUAGCUUACCGUACAUGCGAGCCAGUCUUAAAGAAUCAAUGAGAAUAACGCCAGUGUUUUCUGGCAAUUUCCGUGGUGCUGGCCGUAACAUUGUUAUUCAAGGAUAUCAAAUACCAGUUGAAACACAUUUAAUUUUGGGGGCAGGAACCAUCGUGAAUCACUCUGAUUUCGUUGAACGACCUGAUGAAUUCAUACCAGAACGAUUCUUGAAAGAAGUUCAGCCUGGCUGUCCGAAUUCGAAGGACAUUCAUCCGUUCCUGCUACUACCGUUCGGAUUCGGGCCACGACAUUGUGUUGGCAAGCGUUUCGCAGAACUGGAAAUAGAAAUACUUAUGAUGAGAUUCUUGACCAAAUAUAAAGUUGAAUGGAAUUAUGGACCGUUGGAAUUUGCCAGGCAGUUGGUGAUACUUCCAUCGACAAAGUUGAAGUAUAAAGUGACUGAAUUGUAGCUCAACCUUUCAAAGGAAGUAGUAGACCUGAUAAUUACAUGGUUAUAUGCAUGCCGUAUGUGAAAAGUUAAAUAUUGAUGUAAAUAAACGUACAACACCUGCUGAAACA